AUGCAAGGGUUAGUAAUAAGUGUUACGUGGAAUUUGAAGGCUUGUGUGCUAGCGCCAGUGAGAUUAUUGUUAAGCACUGAACGCUGAGAGUGCUGUGUACAUCUGUGCGGUGUAGAUAUUUGGUAUCGUAUUCCAAACUCCGCGGGAAGUAUGUUGUUGUUUUUGUUUGUGUUGAGUUUGAGGGGUAAACGUGAAUGUUUAAAGAGUGAUUAUGGAAAAUGAAAUAUACUGGUAGUAUGGGGUGAAAGUUAUCAUAUGAUAACGAGGCAAAGCUUUAAAAAAGUUUUGAUCAGGUGUUAGAUUAUUUUACAUAGUGUUUGACAGGUAGUCUGCAUCAGUAUGUGCUACACUGUGAAAGUAAGAUUUCUCGGUUUCAACUCUCAGUUCUGUGCUGUGAAGAAAUACCACUAUGAGCACUAUGAAUAUAUGUCUCCUCAUUCCACAUAAAAGAGAGACUCCGGUUUUGAGAACAACACUAUUGACUGCCUGGUCGUAACAUGGAUCAGUAUGAAAAAUUCAAUGGCUACCACAAAAUGGAUAGUGUUAAGAAGAGGAUUCCUGAUUACACUGAUAUAGCUUACCGGGAAGCUGUUGCCAGGUUAAGAUAUCUGCUUGCAGAAUCUUAUUCAUCACGUGGAACGCCAACAAAAUUAUCACAUAAGGAAAAGAAAAAAAUGCAGCCAGCUAAGAAGAAGCGUCUGGAAGGACCUAGCAUAGUGUUUGAAUCAAGAAUAAGUGAACUGGAGGCACAACUUACACAAACAAAAAUUGAUCUUAGAAAGGCACUGGAAGAAGUUGACAUGUAUAAGAAGAAACUGGCUGAUGUGCAGUCUCAUUCAUACGAUGGAAGUUCCAUUCCAAAUAUUGAAACUUACAAACAUCAAAUUGAAAUUUUACAAAGGGAAAAGGAAGAACUUAAAGAUAAUAUGGCUAAAUUGAAUAUGGCUGUUGCUCAGAUCAGAGAAAAAGAAGCUGAUGCAACUCACAAGGCCAAGAGGACAUUAGAUGUUGCUGACCAAGCAGAAUUUGAGAAAGCUCAGGCAGAAAUGGAAGUACGUAGGUUGAAAGAGGAGCUGGACCGCCAGCAUGAGAAACUACGUGACCUUCUGCAAGAGCAGGGCCGAAAAGUACAAGAAGAACGGGCAGCAGCAGAAAGACGAUAUGCUCAGCAAGUUGAGCAGCUGAGUUCUGAUUUAGCCAUGCAGUGGGAUGCUGUCGGAAAGCUACAACUCGAACUAGAGCGGGAGCGUCGCAUUGAAGCAGACUUGCGCCGUGAACUGCAGCAGAAAAAUUGUGCUAUAGAAGAACUCAAAAAGGAAUUGCAUACAAAAAUUGCAGGUCUCCAGAGUGAGGCGUCACAGAACGCAGCAGAACGUGGUUCCUUGGAGCAAGAGCUUACCUCAAGUAGACUCAUGAUUGAGCGAGCUGAACGUGAGGCACGGCAGGAAGCAGCUCGACUUCAGGCUGAAAUAACAGCACUUCGACAACGUCUCGAUCGUGCUGAUGGAGAUCUCUUGCACAGCAGGCGCGAAAACCUACGGCUUUCUGAACAGGUUGCAUCACUUGAGCGAGAGCUUAACCUAGCAAAAAUGGCUAAAGAAAGUGCUACAAGAGAUGCUGGUAUUAGAUCCUCUCCAAGUAAACAGUCAGGUGGAAGGGAAAAAGAGCUCUCAUCAAUGAUUAUGGAUAUGGAAGCUAAACAUGUCAAAACUGUUGCUGAACUAGAAGGUAUGAUUCAGUCCCAGAAUCUAGUCAUGGAAAAACUGAGAGAGGAGUGUCAUUCUCUAACAAAGAAGCUGGAAGAUUCCUCUGCACGACACAAGGAAGAGAUGGCCGGGCUACAAAGUAACAUAGAUUAUUUAAAUAACAAACUUGCAGUCUCAUUUGGGACUGAAGAGUGGAGAGGUAACACAUUUGGAGAGGAGCAAAAUGAAACAAGAGACAGGAGACUUGAAACAGGACAGUAUGAUUCACAACAAGGCUAUGAAGAACAAGUCGAGUACCCUCCCCACCAACAGUAUGAGCAACCAGAAGAAUAUGGUUACCAAACAGAACAGCAGCAGCAACAGCAUGAAGAACAGCAACCUCUACAACAACAGCCGCAGCAGCAGCAGCAGGAUCAACAACAACAGCAACAGCAUCCAGAAUACGAAACACUCGAACCUCCAUAUGAGCAAGACCCAGGCAUCCUCCUCACUGGACCACCACCUCCUCCUCAGUCCAUGGAGGCGUGAGGUGGCUGUACCUCCACUUACACUGGAAGAUUUAGCUACUGACAGCGAUUCAUGUGGAUCGCAGUCUGCACAGCUAGAUAUCUUCAAGUAGUAGCAACCUUCACUUAGACAGCACAACAAAAACUGUUAUCCCUCAAUCUUUUUUUCACGAUGUUGAUAAAUAUGCACAGAACUUCAUUUCAUUGUGCAUUGGUAUUCUUGUGUACAUAUUUAUGAUGUCAUCUAAAUUUUGUGUACACAUAUUUUAGUUAUUAAAAUUGUUUAUGUUUGUGUAUAAAUAAGAUAAGAGGAGCUAUAGAAGCGAAAGGAUAUCUUUAGGAGACUGGCUAACAAUUUUCCAUUUCAUAUAGCCUAUUAUGCAGGAAUAUAAUUGAAAUUACUAUACAGAAAAUACAGCCUCAUGCUUGUUUUUAUAAUGUAUGUGUCAUGUCUGUACGUCUUCAUUGUUUUUGUUGCUGCGGGAUAUUAAAAAGUCAGAGUGAAUUUGAUACUGCACUAUUGACUAUUGCCCUGUAACCGUCUCUCUCUCUCUCUCUCUCUCUCUCUCUCUCUCUCUCUCUCUCUCUUUCUCUCUCUCAUGUGUACUUAGUAUCUUAAGUUAUAGCAAUUAUUGAGAGACACAGAUUUUUUUAACAUUAUAUUCCACACAAAGUUCAAUGAAUCUGACAGUGUGUGCUUAUCAAGUCUCAGUAAAUUGUGAUGAUACACCUCAAAAUACAUGCAUCAUCAUCUAUGACCUGCACUAUCCUCAUUAGUGUAAGCUGUAUGCAUAUGACAGUAUGCUUAUCAAGUCUCAGUUAAUUGUGGUGUAAGAUAUCAUGAUACACCUCAAAAUAAAUGCAUCAUCAUCAGUGA